AUGCCGUCCAACACCGUUCCGACAAUGGAUGAGAUCCACUCGAAGCCAUUCGCGCCACGCACAGUUUCGCGGCCUUCCGACGACGAGACCAAACUCGCUCGAAAGAUGACGGCUCUGCUCGCUUCACACUURCAGCCCCGGGUGAUCAAGGCGCGGGAGGUUCAGUUGAAGGACGCGUCGGAAGGCAACGACCCUGCUGCUAAGCACAGCCAGAGCAACUUUGCUACUGAUGGCGGUGGUGAUCAGUGGGGUGAAGUCAAUGGAAAUUUUGCCCUUGUGGACUUCCCAACAAAUAAAAGCACUCUUGGAUGUGACGUGUUUUCAGGCGCUGUCGAUACCAUGCUAAAGGGUGCGAAGGGAUGUGGAUAA